GGGUCUGCGUCGCUGGCUUCAGGCUCUUCUGGGUCCAGUGCCUUUGGAAACGCAGGCCUUAUCGAGGCCACUGGGUUUUAGGUCCUACUUUAUAGAUGUGUAGGCCACCCCCGCCCCGAAAUGCAGCAGUCUGACCUCCCUGUGCCCUUUCCCUUCCCUUGGAACCGGUAGGAGGGUUGAGGCGCCUGUGGAUGUCCCACGCGAGGGCGAUCCUGUGGUUAAGCCGCCCUCUCCAUCCGGCCCGCAUCCUCUGUAGAGCUCAGUUCAUGGAACAGAAGGCCCAGGGGCCACCCUCUCCGCCUACGAUGGAGAACGGCACACAGCCUUGCGAAGAGCGCCCACCCGCGGCCCCGGAGGCGACUAUCACCGAGGGCGCCGCCAAGAUCGUCUUCCCCAACGCCAACGAGGUUUUCUACAACCCAGUGCAGGAGUUCAACCGGGAUCUGACAUGUGCUGUGAUCACUGAGUUUGCUCGAAUUCAUCUUGGGGCCAAGGGAAUCCAGAUCAAGGUGCCAGGAGAGAAGGACUUGCAGAAAGUGUCUGUGAACUUGUCCGAGCAAGAGGAGGAAAAGGCUGAACAGGAAGAGAAGGAAACCCUGGCCUCAGGAGAGCCACCUCGGACAGCUGCCGUCGGUGAGAUCUGUGAGGAAGGUCUACGAGUGCUGGAAGGCCUGGCAGCCUCCGGUCUGCGCUCCAUCCGGUUUGCCCUAGAGGUUCCUGGCCUUCGGUCUGUCGUUGCCAAUGAUGCCUCUGCCCGGGCUGUAGAGCUCAUGAACCGAAACGUGCACCUCAACGGUGUGGCACAUCUUGUCCAGCCCAACCAGGCAGAUGCCCGGAUGCUGAUGUACCAACACCAAAAGGUGUCUGAGCGUUUUGAUGUCAUUGACCUGGACCCCUACGGCAGUCCUGCCCCCUUCCUGGAUGCAGCAGUGCAAGCCGUGAAUGAUGGAGGUCUUCUGUGUGUCACUUGCACGGACAUGGCAGUAUUGGCAGGGAACAGCGGAGAGACGUGCUAUAGCAAGUAUGGAGCCAUGGCCAUCAAGAGCCGGGCCUGCCAUGAAAUGGCCCUGAGAAUUGUGCUGCAUAGCCUGGACCUGCAUGCCAACUGCUACCAGCGCUUCGUGGUGCCACUGCUCAGCAUCAGCGCUGAUUUCUAUGUCCGGGUUUUCGUGCGCGUUUUCACAGGCCAGGCCAAGGUUAAGGCCUCAGCCAGCAAGCAGGCCCUGGUGUUCCAGUGUGUGGGUUGUGGAGCCUUCUACCUGCAGCGUCUUGGCAAAGCAUCAGGAGACCCUGGUGGCAGGGUCAAGUUCUCUGCAGCCUGUGGUCCUCCAGUGACUCCCGAGUGUGAACACUGUGGACAGCGACACCAGCUUGGAGGCCCCAUGUGGGCAGACCCCAUUCAUGACCUGGACUUUGUUGGCCGAGUUCUUGAAGCAGUGACCACUAAUCCUGGCCGCUUCCACACCUCCAAGCGGAUCCAAGGUGUCCUGAGUGUUGUUACUGAGGAACUUCCCGACGUCCCUCUCUACUACACACUGGACCACCUGAGCAGCACCAUCCACUGUAACACACCCAGCCUCCUGCAGCUUCGGUCAGCUCUCCUCCACGCCGGCUUCCGAGUCUCUCUCUCCCACGCUUGUAAGAAUGCAGUGAAGACAGACGCUCCCCCACAAGCUCUCUGGGACAUCAUGCGUUGCUGGGAGAAGGAGUGUCCAGUAAAACGGGAACGGCUGUCAGAAAGCAGCCCAGCAUUCCGGAUUCUGGCUGUGGAGCCCAGGCUAAAGGCCAACUUCAACAUCCGGGAAGAUGCCAACCCCAGCUCCCGCCAGCAAGGACUCAAGCGCUUCCAGGCCAAUCCAGAAGCCAACUGGGGCCCCCGGCCCCGUGCCCGGCCAGGGGCAGCAAGUAAAGAUCCAGAGGAGAAACGGAGGCUGCUACAAAAUAAGCGGAAGGAGCCAGCUGAGGGCCCAGCCCAGAGGGCAGCCCGCCUCAAGACAUUUCCUUGCAAACGAUUCAAGGAGGGCACCUGUCAGCGAGGGGACCAGUGCUGCUACUCACACAGCGCUGCAGCGCCUGUGGUCUCUGCUGAUACUCUCCUCACAGACUGUGCAGAGACCACCUCCAAGAUCUCCCCUGGACCAGAGGCUGCUGCUGGGGGCACUGGUGGGCCAGGUGUAGACUGAGACAAUAAAGAGAUGUCACUUUC